AUGGCUGCCGCUGCAGACAAAUCCAAGCCUUACAUUCCCGUCGCGGGCUUAGCCACCGAUGGGUGGUCUACCGACGAACGAGCAUCCGCUACGUGCUUUUGCGGCGCAGUCCAGCUAGCUUUUCCUACGCAAGGCCCUGGUCUCCGUGACACAUUUUUGUGCCAUUGCACCGACUGCAGAAAAAUCACGGCAUCCACGUUUGCCUCCAAUUUUGUGGUUGCAGACACACACCUGGAACACGUACGCGGUAGAGACAACCUUAAGACAUUCGGCCAGUCGACUAGCAUCCGCUCUGGCCACAAGAUGACAAACUACUUCUGCUCGACAUGUGGGACACUGAUGUACCGCGUCGGCAAAGGCUUUCCGGGCACGAGCAUCUUGCGUCUUGGCACUGUGGAUGACUUCAACUUGAUUGAAACAAAGCUCAGGCCCAGGAUUGAACAGUUUACCGACGACCGUGUGGCCUGGCUUCACAGUGUCGAGGGCGUGAAGCAGUACAGCGGCAGUGGGUUUGGGAAUAAGGACGACGCGCAGCUGUAA